AUGUUCGAGAAGGUUGGACGACGAUACAUGUGGAGUCACUUAAGCAUGUUAAUCGAAUUACGCCACUUAAAUGAUAAAAAUUUUCUCCUUCACGAAUACAAUUUUACUGAUAAAACGAAUCAAGCGAAUAAACUUCUUGAAACAAUUGAUUCAAUGAUAAGAAAAGACAGCAAACAGAAAAAAAUUUUUAGAGCGAUAGAAAGAAAGAAAACAAAAAUUUGGCGAACUUCCAUAUUUGAAAUUUCUAAGUGA